AUGGCAAUCACAAUUAGGAGCAUAUUUCUUUUCUUCUUCGUCUUCCUAGUGCUAUCUACUAACCUAGUAGUUCAUGGACAAGACAGGGAGGAGAGGAAGCCCUACGUCUUCGAAGACCAACACUUUCAGACAAAGUUCGAGUCAGAGUAUGGAAGAAUUAGGCUUCUUCAAAACUUUGCCGAAAGGUCCAAACUACUCGCAGGCCUCAAUAACCACCGCGUCUCCAUCCUCGAAGCCAAUCCCAGCACUUUCAUAGCUCCAUACCAUUUGGACGCCGACGCCCUCUUCUUCGUGGCCGAGGGUAAAGCAACUAUCAACUUGGUUCGCCAGCAGGACAAAAGAGAGACUUUCGGUCUAAGGAGGGGCGAUAUCAUUCGAAUCCCUUCGGGUACAACAGUCUACUUGAUUAACAAAGAUAGAAAAGAGAAGCUCAUUGUGAUCAAGCUCUUACAGCCCGUCUCAACCCCGGGCCAUUUCGAGUCAUUCUUCGGUCCUGCAGGUAAAGAUCACGAAUCAUUUUUUAACGUUUUCAGUCCAGAACUGCUCGAGUCUGCUUUCAACGUUAAGAGGGAGAAAAUCCAGAGGGUGUUCGAAAAACAGAGCCAGGGAGUGAUCGUUAAAGCUUCGGAACAACAGAUUAAAGCCAUAUCACAGGAGGAACAGGCCGCAGGUGGAAUUCGUCGGCCAUUCAGAAGAGGCAGUGAAGGUCCUUUGAAUCUAUUCGAGAAGCGUUAUGCCUCUGAAUCAAAAUCAAACCAAUACGGACAGUUGUUUGAGGUUUCAGCCGAUGACAACAAGGACUUGCGCGAACUGAACGUUGGGGUCUCCUUUGCGAACAUCACCAAGGGAUCCAUGACAGCUCCACUCUUCAACUCCAAGGCCACAAAGAUAGUCUUCGUGAUCAGAGGAGAAGGUUACUUCGAACUGGCGUCCCCUCAAUCUCAUGACCACCAAAAGCAACAAGAUGGCAGCACCAGCUACGAGAAAGUGAGUGCAAAGUUGCGAAAAGGAGUCAUCUAUGUAGUACCUGCCGGACAUCCUGUCAUCACGGUUAGUCAUGGCAGUCAGAACCUGGAACUUCUCUGCCUCGAUGUAAACGGCUUGCAGAACGAGAAAAAUACAUUAGCUGGACGGAGGAAUAUUAUAAGGCAGCUGGAAAAGACUGCGUUGGAAUUGUCUUUUGGCGGGGUACAAGAGAAAGAAGUGAGGGAAGUGUUCGAGAGCCAAUCCGAAGAGUUCUUCUUCAAGGGACCUUCUGAGCAAUCUCACCACAAGAAAAGGCAGCAGCAAGAGGAUCAAGAUCAGAUCUAG